AUGAACGCAACCAUGCUGGUCAUGAUGAUGUUCUUCUCCUUCCUCUUGCUGACCCCUUGCCUGGGCUUUCAACAAGCCUACAAGGGGCACGAUCUCACCUCUGAUCUCGCAGGCAUCGAGCUGUCUCCAAACAAAGUCCGCAUCACCGAGGCCAUGCAUACCAUCAUCAACACUAUGAACAAGGUCGAGAAGCUUCCAUCAUGUCAGAAGUUGGCUUCUCAGGCUCUGCUCAACACUUGCUCCGAGAUCGACCAUGCUACUAGUCUUGCUACUGACAAAGGUAUUGAUGUCAUGCUGGAACGCUCCAAAUCCAUCUAUGCCACCCGUCUCGCAAUCUGCGAGUUGAUGGACGCCAACGCGGUCAUUCCCGCUUCCUGUUCUCCCUUCAGACCUGUCGAGAAUGAUUCAAAGUUCAAUGGCUUCCGUGGUUUCAUCGUGAACGGCUACUUCACCAAGCCUACAACUCAGCACAAGUUCGAAGAUCACGGAGAUCUUGAUCAAUGCUCGGCUUCGCUCUCGUCCAACCCCGUGUGGUGGACCAGCUAUUCUAAUGCCCGACAAAACGCAGUGCUCCUAUGCCACUCUAUGAGAUCCGAGCUGGACAAGGACGACAUGAUGGAGAAGAUGAGACUCAUGUUUGAGGCCAUUCUGGAAGCGUCCAGUGUCAUGUCCGACACUACCGAAGAACACCACACUUUCCAGAGGCAAUGGACGGAGAUGGGUAAGGGCAUGCAAUCUUUCCAUCUCGCCUUGAACACAGAUCGUGAGAUUCAGAACCGUAUCAUGGACCAAUGGGCUCAAUUUCAAGCCGGCGUGCACGAUCUUGGAAACAGCAUCCAGGACCUCGGCAGGGACGUGGAGAGAGUCCGCCAGGCUUCUUCUGGCAUCACAUCCGAUCUCGAAGACCACCGUCUUAAGGCUCAAACCGCGCACGCUGAUGUGACAAAACAUCUCAACCAAGUCCUCGAUGUUGCCAUGCAGAUUGAUAGAUCGCACGACAACUCGCUGGCAACCUCCAUGGCUUUGGAUCAGCAGAACCAAGACCUUGCUUACACGCUGGCUCGUAACGCCGAGACUGCACGAGCACUCCAUUACCAGACUGAAGUUUUGCUUGAGGCCAUCUUCACCGUUACCGAGAACGUGACAGACGCUGCAAGAACAGUUUCCGAGUUUCAGAACGACAUCCAGAACUUGCCUACCAAGGUCAUUCAACAAGUCCUCGCAGCAUCGAUCGGAGGCUUACCUAUCGGCAUCCUUGCGAUUGUGCUCCUCUCUCUUUUCUGGUGUUUUGCCUUCGCUCUUCUUGACACGUGGGGUCCAUUCCGCGCAAGAGGCUCAGUUGUUUCUUCGCUCGGCAUCUCGAUUGCACUCACAUACCUCUUCUUCGCAACCCCUCGUAUCUCCACUGCCCCUACGCUCAGUAUCUUGGGAUUCGUCGGAUUCGCGAUCGCAGCAGCCUUUGCUUGCAAACUUUGGUACAAGCAGCAGGCGAUCUGUAACCAGCUGGCAGACGACUUCGAUCAAGAUGACAAGCCUUCAGUCCUUUUGCCUCAGACAACUUACGACACCGAACCGCUCCUCUCUUAGAGGUGGCCAUUCGACUUCCCGCUCAACGACUCGAGUCGCCAAUUUUGCCGUCAUCACUAUACCCACGGCUAUCAUCGCCACAUAGCUUUGCAGUAUUGCGUUUGCUAGAGCAACCACCAUGACCCCAUCAUGAGUUUACGACCUGACGAGCUGAUAUUUGGAACAUUUACAUGGCUUUUUCUUUUCUCUGUUUCUUUAUUUGCAGCUGCAUCUCUACUCUCUACACUGCUUUUUCACAUUCAGCAUCUUGAUCCGAGGGUCUUUAGGAGGCAUCUGCUUGAGCUCGCUCUAUUUUCUUGUUACAUUCAAUUUCGCUCAAGCAUACCCAUCAGUCUAUCGCUUUUCUAAACUCAUAUC